AUGACGUCGCAGGGCCGCCGUUGGCCGCUGGGGCGAGGAGGGCUGCGUCACGUGCGAGGUCCGCACUCCGCAGCCCCACGCAUGCGAGACCGCGGGGCGCCGGCAGCGCACGCGCGCCCCCUCCACGCCCCCCUCGCCUCCCCCGUGCCUCCCCUGGCCCGCCAGUCCGCCGCCGGCCGUCGCCAGCACCGAGCGUCUGUGCCGCGCCGCGAGCGCCGCGAG